AUGGGCGAGGACCACGAAAACGGCCCCAGCGAGGAGCAACCUCCCCCUCUGCCUCCACGGCCGUCGAUGGAAUCGAACGACUCGAUAGAUUCGAGAAUGGCCAUGGCAGCCGCGACUACCGCCAUUACACCUCUCGAUAUCCAGACCCUGUCUUUCCCAGAUGGUUCGCGCGGCACUUUCUCGACCACAGGCAGCAGGGCCGUUUCAACCCCAGUACAGUCCUCGAGCGGACAAGCUACUCCAACAAGGACGCUGGGUGAGGGCGAAGAUUCUAUGAGUAUCGCCAGCUUCUCCCCGACCCUGCGGCCGCCCAACGACAUCGCAAGCCUAUUGAUGGGGGAGUUCAAUAAGAGAAGUCCGGCAUGGAACCUCCUCAGGUCGCAAUCGGCAACUGUGCCACCCUUCGAAACCUUAAGGAUGGAUAACAUAACCCGUAAUCUGGCUGGGUUCGAGCACGAGUUCGACGACCUACCCGACGAGGCCGACACGAGUUUCAAAGACGAAGAUCGAGUCACCAUGUGGAAGGCAAAGUUGAAGCACUACAUGAUCCUUUCAUCGGCGGGCAAACCCAUCUACAGUCGUCACGGAGACCUGGGGCUGAUCAACUCGUCCAUGGGUGUCAUUCAAACCCUCAUAUCUUUCUAUGAAGGGGCUAAGAACCCCUUGUCCGGCUUCACCGCUGGAACUACGCGAUUUGUUGUUGCAACGCAAGGGCCCCUCUACUUCGUGGCCAUCAGUCGGCUCGGCGAAAGUGACUCACAGCUACGAGCGCAACUCGAGGCUCUGUACAUGCAGAUCCUGUCGACACUGACCUUGCCCACGCUGAAAAACAUCUUUGUCCAUCGACCAUCGUCCGAUCUUCGAAAACCACUCGAAGGAACUGAGCCCCUGAUUUCGUCCCUUGCCGAUAAUUUCACGAAAGGCUCCCCGUCAGCACUGCUUGGCGCCUUGGAGUGUCUCAAGCUGCGCAAGUCCCAGAGACAUGCCAUCAACAAUGCCUUCCUCAAGCAGAGGACAGACAAGCUUCUGUACGGCUUGAUUGUAGCCGGUGGUAAACUGGUCAGUGUUAUUCGUCCGCGUCGCCACUCUCUGCACCCAAGCGACCUCCAACUCAUUUUCAAUAUGCUAUUCGAAUCGGGUGGCAUCAAAGCCGGCGGCGGAGAAAAUUGGAUUCCCCUGUGCUUGCCGGCCUUCAACAAUCGCGGCUACCUGUACAUGUACGUCAGCUUCUUCGACGGUGUCGACGGCGAGCAAGCCACGGGGCAAGAGGCGCCGGUACACAAGGAUGAAGAACUCGCCAUCAUCCUCAUCAGCCCGGACAAGGAGUCCUUCUUUGAGCUCAAGCAAAUGCGUGAUAACGUCGCGGCUUCUCUGGCCAAGUCGGACCAUCUCUCACUUAUACAGACCGCCGCGCGUGCCGGACGGCCAAAAACCACAGACAUUGCUCCCGGUGGUCAAAUAUCGCAUUUCCUCUACAAGUCCCGUGCGAACGUGCAGUUCAGCAUGUCCGCCCUCGACCCCGUAUUCUCCUCCCUGAUGGCCCGUCGCCGCCUCAUGGGCCUAUAUCAUCAACUGCACGCUGCCGUCCACGCGAAACACUCCCAUAUGCGUGUUCUACAUUCCGUCUCCGAGGAUGCUACUUCUUUAGCCUGGAUCACACCAAUAUUCGAAUUUUACUGCGUAGCCGGCCCCAACGUGAGCCGUGCCGUACUUACCCAAGGCGCCAACAAAGUUAUCCAGUGGGCCCGUCGCGAGGAGGAACGGGUCUUCAUUAUUGGCGGAGGCGUAUUCUGA